UUCACUGUUGAGACCGGGGGGCUUUGGUGGAGAGUCGGUGGACCGGGCUGGGGGGGCUUUCUCAUCCAGACUGCGCAGUUGGAAUAAAAACAAGGAUUUGCUGUUUACCAGACGGGCAACAUGGACGUGCUGGCAGUUCUUAAUUUGGGCGAUUUUGCCCAAGCUUUCUCUAAAAUGGGAAUGUUUCCUGUUUUCGAUCUUGCAUAUUACAUCGUGUCCAUCCUCUACCUCAAGUAUGAGCCAGGUUCGGUGGAGGUUUCUCGCAGGAGCCCCGUGGCCUCCUGGCUGUGCGCCAUGCUCUACUGCUUUGGUAGUUACAUCCUGGCAGACAUCAUGCUUGGACACAGCCCCAUCGACUAUUUCCAACACAACAGUCACAUCCUGCUGGCCUCAGCUGUGUGGUACCUCCUCUUUUACUGCCCUCUAAACCUCUUCUAUAAGUGUGUGGCCUUCCUGCCCAUCAAGCUGGUGUUGGUUGCCCUGAAGGAAGUCGUCCGCACUCGUAAGAUCGCUGCUGGAGUUCACCAUGCCCACCACGCCUACCACCACGGCUUCUUUAUCAUGGUCAUCGUCGGAUAUGUCAAAGGCUCUGGAGUGGCUCUCAUGUCCAAUUUUGAGCAGCUGCUGCGUGGUGUGUGGAGGCCCGACACCAAUGAAAUCCUCAACAUGUCAUUCCCGACUAAAGCCAGUCUGUACGGAGCCAUCCUCUUCACCCUGCAGGAGGCUCAUAUUCUGCCUGUGUCCAAAGGCAACCUCAUCCUCAUCUUCACCCUCUUCAUGGCUACCAGCAAGGUGGUGAUGACUGCCCGACACUCCCACGGCUCCCCCUUCGCUCUCAUUGAGUCCUGGGUUUGCCACCUGCUGUUCGGCUCCCCUCUUGGCGGAGCUGAGGAAGACCACCAUCACGCUCCCGCCGCCCCAUCAUCACCUCUGAAAACCAAGGAGGAGCUGAGCGAGGGUGCUCGCAAGAGGAAGGCCAAGAAAGCAGAGUAGGACGCUGUGUCCCAACAGUGAAACUGCAUCUGACACAACCUCCACUCAAUGGGACAUCCCAUUCCUCUCCAAGGAAAGGGACAGUUUGAUGUUUUACAAAUGAAACCCUUUCUAUUAGAGAAAAAUGGUGCUUUUUGCAUUUUACAUAGCACAAGAACUCUGUAAAUACCACGGCAAACGAUUCAUACUUCAACCCCACCUGGACAUUUUGAACCUAUAUAUUUAUGUGUUUGUGAACAUCUGCAGCUUUGCUCAGCACUUUGUGGUGAUCAGUGUUUGUGUCAGGAUGACCUCUGUUCCACAUAAGUAGUUGUGUUCCCACCAAACCUUAAAAGACCUCCGAAAGAAAGAGAAACUAGUCCUAAAUCCUCCUGACUCUCAAUCAGACCAUUCAAAUGUGAAAAAAGCAAAGUGUGAAAGAGCAUUGCUGCUUUUUACAUAGAGAGGACAACAUCAUGUCUUUAAAUAAAAUCAAAUGAAACAUUG